CCCAUAAUCCUGUGCAGGAUGAGAGCUGGAAGCUGACUAGUUGCUAUGAGCAACUGCUUACUGACUAUAAGGAACUUAUAACGAGACCAGUAUAGUCCAGGGUGCCUCCAGCUGUAGCAAGACUACAAAUCCCAGCAUGCCCAGACAGUACGAUCACUGUGAUGAGUCUUGACCACGGGAGGAUGGACGACAAGAGACGUCGGGCACGAGUGCAGGGGGCGUGGGCAGGACCCGCUAAGAGUGCCCCUCGCCCUGCAUCUCAUCCUGUGGCUGCCAAUCCCCAGCGCUGGGCGAGUGACCAGGACAAGCACUUUGUAUAUAAAGAACCAGCAGAGGUAAAUCGGAAGGUCCCAGAGCCCCGCGUUAUUGAGAAGGACGGCAGCUAUGAUAUCAGUAUAUCUCCAUCGGGGGUGUCCAGACUGAGACUCUUCCCCCAGUUCAUUGACCCCAGAGAAGCCGACUGGAUGUUUGAGCAGCUACAAAGAGAGAUUCCCUGGAGGCAGAAAACCAAUAUUGGGCCAGACGGACCCUACCAGGAGCCGCGACUAACCUGCUGGUACGGGGAGGUCCCCUACACUUACUCCCGUUCCACAAUGCAGGCCAACUCUCAUUGGCACCCCCUGCUGACCAUGCUGAAAGACCGUAUAGAGUUGGUGACCGGCUACACCUUCAACUCCCUGCUCUGCAACCUCUACAGACACGACAAGGACAGCAUAGACUGGCACAGCGACGACGAGCCCGACCUGGGCAAGAAUCCCGUCAUCGCCUCUCUGAGCUUCGGGGACACCCGCGUGUUCCAGAUGAGGAAGAAGCCGCCACCUGAGGAGCACGGAGAUUACACGUAUGUAGAACGCGUGCAUGUACCACUGGACCAUGGAAGCCUCCUGCUUAUGGAAGGGACAACACAAGAGGACUGGCAGCACCGUGUGCCGAAAGAAUACCACGACCGGCGCCCCCGGAUCAACCUAACGUUCCGGACAAUGCUCCCAGAAAGAAAGUGAUAGGAAGGUCUGCCCUGCCAAGAGGAUUGUCUGAGGACCUCUCUGAAUUGGUUUUCCUACUAUAUUGUGAUUUAUCAGAAAUCUACUGGAAUAUUUAAGUUUGUGUUUGUAUAAUUGUUCUGAAUUAGAGAGGAAUGGUUUACAAAUGUGUGUGUAUAUAUUAUUCAUACUCCAGAGCUGCACUCACUAUUCUGCUGGUAGGGUCACUGUGUACAUACAUUACAUUACUUAUCCUGUACUGAUCCUGAGUUAUAUCCUGUACUGAUCCUGAGUUAUAUCCUUUAUUAUACUCCAGAGCUGUACUCACUAUUCUGCUGGUGGGGUCACUGUGUACAUACAUUACAUUACUUAUCCUGUACUGAUCCUGAGUUAUAUCCUGUACUGAUCCUGAGUUAUAUCCUUUAUUAUACUCCAGAGCUGUACUCACUAUUCUGCUGGUGGGGUCACUGUGUACAUACAUUACAUUACUUAUCCUGUACUGAUCCUGAGUUAUAUCCUGUAUUAUACUCCAGAGCUGUACUCACUAUUCUGCUGGUGAGGUCACUGUGUACAUACAUUACAUUACUUAUCCUGUACUGAUCCUGAGUUAUAUCCUGUAUUAUACUCCAGAGCUGUACUCACUAUUCUGCUGGUGAGGUCACUGUAUACAUACAUUACAUUACUUAUCCUGUACUGAUCCUAAUUAUAUGCUGUAUUAUACUCCAGAGCUGUACUCAUUAUUCUGCUGGUGGGGUCACUGUGUACAUACAUUACAUUACUUAUCCUGUACUGAUCCUGAGUUAUAUCCUGUAUUAUACUCCAGAGCUGUACUCACUAUUCUGCUGGUGGGGUCACUGUGUACA